UACGAAGUGUAAAGAACCAAAGAUGUCCGUCACGUAUGAUUUCAGUCCAAGAUCUGUGUAGUCCUUGGACCGACGCGGCUAGGAUAGCGAUUUUCCUUUCGUUAUGAGAGAUGUUUGAGUGGAUUUCACGGUCAUUUGUGCGGGCGUUCGCGACGAAAAAUGCGGAAUUUUCACUGUCGCCGCAUCUGAUAACGCGUGCGCAUUCAGGAUACCCGACUAUCGAAGAAUUUUAACCGCCGCCUAAUAAUUUUUGGCCUAAUCGCGCCGGAAUCCUGUUCGUUUUCACUGUUCAAGUUUCUAACGCUGUCACGUCUCGAACAAUAGCACAAUAAACGACGUCGAGAUGGCUGAUGACACGAGUGUACGCGUCGCUGUACGAAUAAGGCCUCAGGUAGCACGUGAAGUGAUCGAUAUGUGUAGAAUUUGUACUCAAGUACCUCCAGGAGAACCCCAGGUCUUUCUUGGACCAGACAAGGCCUUCACAUAUGAUUAUGUUUUUGAUACUGGCAUUGGGCAAAGCACAAUUUACGAAACAUGUGUUGGACACCUAGUAGAAGGUGCUUUAGAUGGUUACAAUGCAACUGUUCUUGCUUAUGGUCAGACUGGUUCUGGCAAAACUUAUACUAUGGGCACUGGUUUUGAUGUGGAAGUGGAGGAAGCUGUUGUUGGUAUAAUUCCCAGAGCAAUCAAACAUCUUUUUGAUGGAAUAGCAGAGAAACAACAGCAUGCUAGGGAACGUGCACAGAUGCCUCCUGAAUUUAAGGUUACUGCACAAUUUUUGGAGCUGUACAAUGAAGAUUUGAAAGAUUUAUUGGAACCAGGUGGGCCAAGAGGUGGUGCUCGCAUUCACGAGGAUACUUCAGGCAACAUUCAUUUAGCUGGUGUAGAACCAAGAAUUGUGACCAGUCUGGAACAAGCAUUAGAUUAUUUACGUUUGGGAGCAUUAUCACGCACAACUGGUUCUACUCAAAUGAAUACUCAAUCAUCAAGAUCACACGCGAUAUUUACAUUAUAUAUAAGGCAGCAAAGAUGCAUCAAGGUUGAAGACCCAGAUGCUGACAUUGACACAAGUGGAACAGAACCAGCAAAUGAGUUUGAAACUCUAACUGCAAAAUUUCAUUUUGUAGAUUUAGCUGGGUCAGAAAGACUGAAAAGGACUGGUGCAACAGGAGAUAGAGCAAAGGAAGGGAUAUCCAUAAAUUGUGGAUUGUUGGCCCUAGGCAAUGUGAUUUCAGCACUGGGUGACAAAACAAAGAAAGCUUUACAUGUACCAUAUAGAGAUUCCAAAUUGACAAGGCUACUUCAAGAUUCACUUGGAGGGAAUAGUCAGACUGUUAUGAUAGCUUGUGUAUCUCCAAGUGACCGGGAUUUUAUGGAAACACUGAGUACAUUGAAAUAUGCUAAUAGAGCGAGAAAUAUAAAGAACAAAGUUACAAUUAAUCAAGAUAAGAGUUCAAGGACAAUAGCUUCUUUGCGAAGAGAGAUACAACAGCUUCAGUUAGAAUUGAUGGAAUAUAGGCAAGGUAAAAGAGUUGUUGGCGAAGAUGGUGUAAAUGAUGCUUGGCAUGAAAAUCAAAUGUUGAAUAGUGAACUGCAAAGUCUACGUACAAGAGUCAAAGCUCUUUCAGAAACAGUCGAGGCACUAACUGCAAAGAAUGUUCUUCUGCUGGCAGAGAAGGCUGCUGGUCAGUGGGUAUCGGCAACAGGUGGAAAUGGUGAAGUAACGAGUUUAGUACAAGGAUAUGUACAAGAAAUAGAAGAACUAAGGGCGCGUCUCUUAGAAGCGGAAGCGAUGUAUCAACAAUUAAAAAAGCGGCAAAUGCAGGUUAAUGCAGCAAAUCCUUAUGGUGACUCUGGAUAUAUGUUUCAAAGUGAUUCUACAUCAGUAUUAAGUGAUGCCAAAAAAGAGUUGCAGAAGGAGAUUGAAACGUUAACUGCAUUAAAAGAGCAACAAGUGUACAAUACUAACACUGCCAAUAAAGUAGGAGAGGAAGGGGAAGGCGAUGAUGUAGAAGUUGUACAAGACUCUGCGAGUGAAGAUGACUCAGAUGACGACUCUGAUAGGAAAGAAGAAGACGAAGAGGAGGCAGCUAUGGGUCGUGAGUUGGAGGCUCUAACGUCGGAUAUAGAUAUGAAGCAGCGGUUAAUCCAGGAGUUAGAACUCUCUCAACGUCGCCUGCAAACCAUGAAACAGCAUUACGAGGACAAACUUGCGCAGUUACAGGCCCGCAUUAAAGAUACCCAAGAAGAAAGGGAUAAGGUGUUGCACUCUCUACAACAACAGCCAACGCCACCGACAGAGAAAGUGAAGAAACUGCGCGACGAGUAUGAGAAGAAGCUGUCCGCAAUGCAAAAAGAAAUGCGAUUGUUACAGACCGCCAAAAAGGAGCACGCGAGAUUGCUCAAGAGUCAGUCACAGAAUGAGAACAGGUUAAGAGGACUAAGGAAUGAACUAGCAGAGAUGAAGAGAGCAAAAGUGAAGCUUUUAAAUAAAAUGCGCGAGGAGGCUCAGAGACAUAAAGAGAAUGAGCUGAGACGCAACAGAGAGAUAGCUCAAUUACGUAAGGAGAGUAGGAAAAAUGCAAAUAUGAUUAGAACACUAGAAGCUGAUAAGAGAAUGAAAGAAGUGGUGCUCAGGCGUAAACAGGAGGAAGUUACGGCGCUGAGGAAAAGGGACAGAGGACUUAGUCAAAAAGUUGCAGGCAGAGCGCCACCUAAACCGAUUAAUCCCAAAACGUUAAAACAGAGGUGGCAAACCUUCGAGAGGACUAUUGCAAAACAGGCGUUGGCUAAGCAAGCAGCUGCAGAAACAGAGAGAGAAAUGGAGAGGCUUCUUCAGGAACGCGAGGAGCUAGGCAGAGAACUCGAGAAGCUUCAGAAGCACAGGAAUGAUAUAACGAGCAGGAGAGGUGACCCGAAUGAUAUUGACGAAGAAAUUGAUAAUGUAAAAAGUAAAAUUAGCUAUUUGCAGGAUAGCAUCUCGGAGUGUCAACGCGAUAUGGUGGAAAUGGGCGAUGGAGAAACAGAGGGCGAACCCGGCGUCGAAGCUCUCAUAUCGACGGUUCAAACAGUGGACGAAGCUCAAUAUUUAUUACAAAAAAUGCUGGCAUUUACCGUGGAGCAGAGUUGCGUAGCUGCUCAGAAGCAACUUGAAGUUCGGGACAUGGAAUCUCGACUGAAUCAGGUCGCGCAAGAAAGCGAUGUGCAACAUCAGUUACUAGAGCAUGUAUUGAGAGACAGAGAUCUUCUGUCCCUCACGAACAGUCACCACAAUCAUGCUUUGAAUUACAGUCCCCCGAGUUCAAGAAGCUCCUCGCCCGAUAAUGAAACUUACAGUCAAGUUAUAAUGGGAGAGGAAAAACAACGUAACAAUAAAGUGAGACGAAGAACCACGCAGCCUCAGGAACUUCUUUACGGAGUCCAAGCAAAUCCAGACAAUAUGAAAACAGAGGAACAAAGUCAGAAUCAUAAUCAUCCACUUACGAGGGUACCUAGCGCGCCAGGUAGUUUAAAAGGAUUGGUAUUGACGAGAAGUCAACAUAGUAACAUAACUGGUGGUUCACCGACCUUAAGUCGACGUGAUAGCAUAUCACCAAGGCCGCUCCGACGACCACUACAUCCUGGUGGAGGCUCCAUGGAACAGGUAGCACACACAGAUGUGUCAUCGCCACCUGGAUCACCGACCACCUACCGGCGGUUCAACAGUAGAGAGGAGAAUGUUUUCUCCAGGCUGACUGCAAGUAGACAACCUGCCUCGACAGACCCACAGCCUAUGAAAGGAAUCAUUUCUCAAUAUCAAGGCAAGACAUCGCCACGGGCCGUUUUGCAAUGUUCCCACGUAGCAGAGGGGCAUAGUAAAGCUGUUUUAACUAUAUGUGCAACUACAGAUUUAUUAUUCAGCGGAUCAAAAGACCGAACUGUAAAAGUAUGGGAUUUAAGAACUGGAAUUGAAAAUCUUACUUUGACUGGUCAUCCUAAUAACGUUGUUGCCGUGAAGUACUCACCAGUACGGAAUUUAUUAUUCAGCGUAUCUUCAGCCUACGUAAAAGUUUGGGACUUAAGAAUGGGCAACAGCUGUGUAAAAACUUUGUUCUCCUCUGGUCAAGCUCAAAGCGGGCAAAUUGCGUUGUCAACUCAAGUACCGAUGGGUGAAACGGCUAUCAAUGAUUUAGUACUUAGUCUAGACGAACAAGAGCUAUACACCGCAGCCAGCGAUAAAGUUAGGAUGUGGGAUCUUAGGAAAUUAACGCACAUGGGAAGAUUAAGUACACCGCAUACGGCUGCGGUGAUGUGCCUGGCUGUCGCGGAUGACGGUCGUGUAAUAGCUGGUAGCAAGGAUCAUCUAAUAUCCCUUGUCGAACCUAACAUGUCUGGACAGUCGGUAUGUUUGGCGCCACCGCACUACGAUGGAGUUCAGUGUUUGACUGCGUGCGAUUCGACACUUUUCUCUGGCUCGAGAGACAUGUGCAUCAAACGAUGGGAUUUGUAUAAAAUGGAACUAGUCCAGUCACUGAAUAAUGCACAUAAAGAUUGGAUUUUGGGAUUAUGUAUGAUUAACAGUGGAACUAUCAUGGUCUCAGGUUGCAGGGGAGGAGUUUUGAAAGCGUGGUCUGUACCAAAGGAACAAGGUGGAGAGUGUGCGCCAAUAGGGGAAGUACGGGCGCACGGUUCCGCUAUCAAUGCUGUGAUAACUAAUCAACAGCAUGUUUUCACUGCGAGCAACUCUGGAGAGGUGAAGCUGUGGCGUAUUCCUGAUUCCUCAUUAUCCAUGUCUAUUUCCACAGUUUCCCUUUAACUUAUUUUUUUAUAUUGCUGUAUAUUAUUCUUUUGCAUUUAUAGGUUGUUAAUGUGGUAAUGCGCAUGUUUGUCCAAACACAUUUUGUAGUUAUCGGAAAAUGUGUUGAGAUAUUUGACGUCAAGAAAAUUGUUUAUUACAUAAUUGACGACUGCUGAUAAUAAGAAAGAAAAGUAUAUCGUUACUUCACUAUUUGUUACCUCGCUUUCUGAUCUACAUAAUUUUUGCCUAUUCGAAAGACGUUUUCAAUGUAUUUUUACAUAUUUGUCUAUUCUUAGUAGUUCACUUGCAAAAUUGUCACCAGAUAUAAUGACAAAACUAUGCAAGUUAUUAUUUAAACUGUGCUUUGAAUGUUAUGAAACAUGCGUUUAUUCAAUUUACUACUAUGUAACAAAAGUCGAAAAUGUAAAUUACAUAUUUAUAUUAACAAUUUACUUUUUCUAUUGCCGCUUCUAUUCACUGUUAACAACUGAUAGAGUAGUAUAUGUAUGUUUUGUUUAAAGAGAAUAGCAUCAAUCUGAAGUUCCACACUCUAACGUCUACUAUCCUAUUCUAAUCACUUCCAUUUCUAUCGAAAUUGUGUGUAUGAAAUACUGCUUUUUAAAACGUAAAUAUGCUAAUUUGUAAGUCAUUAAUAGUGUGAUUGCAGUUGUGAAUGUACUGUAUGUAAGCAAAUUUUAUGUUUAAUCGAAUGAACUAGUAGGAUAUAAUAUCUUUGCAAUAAUCAUAAACUUCUAGAUCUAUUGAACAUGAGUUUAAUUUAAAUUUUUUAUUACUUUGCUUCUAUGUUGUUUACACUCCAAUUUGGUGCUUUGCAUGGUCACCGUGUCAACAUGAAGUGACGGAACGGUGAGGCUGUGGAGCUACUAUAAGAGAGACGCAAGAACUUUCCAGAGAAGCAACUCGUUGAAAAGUUAAUACAUUCAUUGAAAUAUUAUAUUUAUUUCGCAACGAUAUUUUCCUAUUUAUUUGUUAAUUUUUAUUAAUUUAUUACAAAACAGUGGAUCAAUAACCAGAGUCUAAAAGUGAUAAUGCACCUAACUUAUUGCUUGCUGAGACAUUAAUCCUGAUACUUUUAUGUUCCUGAACAUAAAUUGAUUGUGUUCUUGUCCUUUUUUUUAAAUGUUUUAUAAUUUAAGUCUCGCGCGUUUACUGCCUUCUUGGAUAUAGACAUCGGAUAAGAAUAGAAUUUAUAAGUGAUGGAUUUUAAAUGACAAACCAAGUAUCUUUUUUUAUGUUAGAUAGAAAUAUAUUAUAAAUCCAAAGAUGUAACAAUAUAAAAUAAAAGUUUAGCAAAAAUUAUGUGCAUUAUCGUAAAUUGCCUAAGCGUAGGAUAUAAACGAAUUUAUUUAAUAAGAAUAACUUUGGUAUUACCUAGCAUUUAUUUUAUUAUGAACAUGAAGGUGGUAAUAAUUAUAUUUACUCUUAGUACAAACAAUAAUUGUUGAUUAAUACUGUACAGUCUGAGGUCUCUGUAGGUCCCAAAUGCUUGAUAUUGUCAGGGUUGGCUGUUAUUUAGUUUUCUUCUGAAAAAUUUAAAAACAGUAUUAUGUCUAAUUAUGUUUAUAAUUAUAAAAGAAUAAAUGGGCUAGUAACAAUAUUAAUUAUAGUAUU